AGUCGUCCCAUUGGAUUACGUUUCCAAUACUAUGGAACACUUAACGCGCAUGGUGACAGCGCAAGUUGGCUGACAAUUCCAUAUUAGGGCGAAUAUAUUUCUCAUUCAAAAUAAGUGUUGAAUUCUGAUAAUCUCGCAAAAUAAUAUGGUUUUUAAGUGUGUCACGUAAUUAUUACAUUUGUACUGUGAUUUGACAUCUCCAAUAACCACUCUCUCAACUUCUUCAACCCGGUAAAUUAAUAAAAAUGUUUUCCGGGCUCACUAAUCAGGUCUCAUCAUGGAUGGGAAGUGUUAAAGGAGACCAAGAAGAAAAAGUUCCGACUCCAACAGAGGAUAGUGCUGUCCUCGUGAGCCCUGACAAAAAGGAAGCAAGUCCAACAAAAGCAACUGGGGGAGGAAAGCUAGAAAUGUUUUCCAAUGUGAAAAAUCAGAUUGAAGGAAUUGGGGGUUGGUUGGGUUCAAGUAUUCCAAAACUAAGAAAAGGGGAAGAAGUUAUAACUGACGGGCAAGAACCAGUCACCACGGACAAUGUGGAACCUGAACCUUCCCAAGUAGCCCCACCAAAAGAUGAUGAUGACAAUUCAAGAAAUUAUAGUGCUACUGGAGGGGCUGAUUCAGGACCUCAAUCUGCAGCAGAAUCUCCUACUGAAGAUAAAGACGGUCAAUUUUCUAAUGUAGCUAGUGCAAAAAAAGAUGUGCAUGAGUUUGUGUCUGAUACGCUUCAAGUCAGUAGCGAAGAUUUAGUUGAAGUACAGGAAGGGAUGAAAAAAUUGGCACUAGGAUCUAAAAGCAAUGAAGAAGAUUGGGAGAGAGAGCUAGAAGCAGAACUUCAAGAUUAUGAGUUGGUGAGUGAACAGAAAUCCACUAAUUCAAAAAGCGACAAUUGGGAACAGGAAAUCGAAGAAAUGCUCCAAGAAGAAAAUGACUUGAAGUGAGGUUUUCUCUAAGAUAUGUUACGAUUCAUUACUUUAUAUUCAUGUGACUGAUAUAUUUAUAUGUUAUCGAUAAAACUUAGUCUGAAAAUGCAUUGUUGAAAAUAGAUUGAUGGUUUUGGUUUUGACAUGUGGAAGAUUUGAAUUGUAGCAGUGGAGGAUGUUGUCAUAUGUAAAGGAGUUUCAAAGGCUUUUUUCAAUGAAAGUCAAGUUUUAAACAUUGGAAAAAGGUUUUUUUUGAAUUGCUGAUAAUGUCUUGUUAACUGGUAGGAAUUGAAAGAAUUUACCACUCCCUCAUCAUUAACGAAAUAUGCAUGAAACUAUUUCAGACAGUUCCCUUUUAGAUUAAAAAAGUUAUGGUUAGGAUGUAAUAAUAAAGAUUUUUUUCAAAGUUUAUUCUGAGUAAGUGUGAGUUGAAAGUAACCACGAAUGUAUUGAAAAGUAACAAGCAUGAAUCAAAUAUAAUCAUUUUCUAAAAUGGAGCCUAAUCAUCGAGUCAUGGGAGAUUUUUUCCCAUAGAAACUGACGUCAUAUUCAACUAACCGCAAUGAUUAACAUAUGCUCUAGAACGUCAAAUUACAUCAUUUCAACGUCACUUCCUAUUGGUAAAAGAUACCCAUGAGAAUUAGAUCCGAGAUGAUAUUUUAUUACAAUGCAUGGGGAACUUUUUACAAACUGGGUAGUUAAAACUUUUAAAACAUAAUAAGAUUGCUGCUUUACAAAUCUAUAAUAUUGGAGUUUGUUCAAGAACCAUAAACCUUUUCUAAUUAAAAACACAUUUUCAAGGAUUGGAGGGAUUGCAGGUUCUUAAUUUUCCUCGAAGGAAACAAUUAUUUCUGUUCUGUCUUAUAGUAUCACAACCAUGUCAUUUUGUGAUAUUGGAAGCACCGGAUUUGAGGGUCCCCACCUUCUUUUAUAUAUAGAAUGAAAGAGUAUAUACAUAGGUAAAUGAAUAUAUGAAGUGUCACUUCAUACAUAAUAACGCAUCUACCAUUUGCUAUCUAUGAUGUCUCAGUGUUUCAUAUUUCUUUGUAAAUAUUUUUUUUUGAAUAAAUUGAUGGGUAUUUCGUUAAUAUUUCUUUGUAUAUAUUAGAAAUUUAUAAUUGUAAAUGUUAUUAUUUAAAACUGUAAUAUAAUAUAUAAAUACAUUUUGUUAUAGUGUUGUUGCCUUUUAUGAUUGAACACUUGGUUGCGUAAAUAAUAGAAAUUGUAAACUGUUAGCAUUAUUGCAUUGGGGAUGUAGCUUUUCGUGUAUAAGCAUGUUCUGUAUUCUAAUUGUUACAUACAAUAUACAGAUUGUUGAAUAAAUGUAGCAAAUGUGCCCACUCAUA